GGUUAAACUCACGGAGAAUUGUUAGUAUAAAAGCAAAGGUAAAAUUACCAACAUUAAACACAACAACAAAGGCAACUCUCAAACAACAUCCGCAACCUUCAAUGGACGACAAGGAGUCUUCUUCUUCAGAACGCGGCACCUUCAGCGGGGAAAUGCUUUAUCAUCUUGAUGGGACAUCACUUUGCGUGCGUACGUGCCAGGAGCUGAGCAACAACGAAAUCGUCAACAACAAUGGAGGUCAAAAGGAGUGCUGCAAAAGGCGGGAAUGUUAUGGCGAUUCUUGCUCGCAGGUGGAUAUGAAUGCUCUGAUGGCUGCUGAGUGUCUCGAGAACAGCAAGAACAUCUACUCUUUGGCGGAAGGUUUGGAUACUGCUGCGAGCUACAAAAGCGACCAUGACGACAAUGUGGGGGACCGGCAAAGUUUGGAUACUGCUGCGAGCUACAAAAGCGAUCAUGACGACAACACUGCCAAGCCCUGUAGUGAUGGUGAAGAGGAGCCUCAAUCAUUCGUCAUUGGAACACUCAAACUGAGUCACACGUACAAAGCAAGAACUGCUCGUCGCGCCUCAUUCUACGUGGACAAGGGAAUGGAGAAUCCGCACGCCUACUACACCGACUACUCCAACAGCUCUGUGGCGGCACAAAUUGCAAAUGGGAUGAUGGCAAACGACUAG